UCCCCGACAGCAUGUUCACAGACAUAAGGUUCAAUCCAUGACUCUUUGUUUUCGAAACUGUAAAUAUAGCGUUAAAACUGAAAAGUGAUGCAGAACUGUUUGAUAAUGAGCAGAUGUUAUUGAUAAAAGAGUAUGCACAUGUACUCAUUAUACCUCUUAAAAAAUCAAGUUUGUCUCAAUUUUUCGACAAAAUCUUCACAGUUUAAUUAUCAAAUCAAAAUAUGGCAACGUACCCGGCACUUCAAGAAAUUGAAGGAAGAAGACAAAUUCUGACUCUUAUUUAAAAGAACUUGCCUUCUGUGAUUAAUUUCUAAGGUUACGUACUAUUUAUAGCUUAAUUUACGAAUUAAGUUGCAGGACAUUGUCUAUGAAGGAGCUUCGUUAACAGUUUUUACACCUACGAAUGUGGCUUUUUAUUUUAUUAUUUUUUUUAAUACUGUUACACUCUUGUGGUUUCUGACCUAUUUUAAAAGUAUGAAGACUGGAGGAACUUUUAGGAAUCUAUCUUUGUAAAAUGCAUCAUCUUGUCAAUUUUAUUGACGACCACUUUCAUAUUCUUUUGCAAUGGCAUAUCCGUUGGAGAUCCAUCAUGGUUCUAAACAAAAUUAUUCGUGCGAACUCUGUCCAAAGGUAUUUUCCUAUGCCUCACAUUUAAAGAGACAUCUGAGAGUCCAUACUGACGAGAAACCACAUGCCUGUGAACAUUGCUCAAAGUCAUUUUUCAACGCUUCAGAUUUAAAGAGACAUCUGAGAAUCAUUAAGGGAGAGAAACCUUAUUCCUGUGAACAUUGCUCAAAGUCAUUUUUCAACACCACAGAUUUAAACAGACAUCUGAGAACCCAUACCGGGAAGAAACCAUAUUCCUGUGAACUUUGCUCAAAGGCAUUUUCUGAGGCUUCACAAUUGGAGACGCACCUGAGAAUCCAUUCUGGAGAGAAACCGUAUUCGUGUGAACAUUGCUCAAAAGCGUUUCCCAGCGCUUCAUAUUUGAAGACGCAUAUGAGGAUUCACUCGAGUAAGAAACCUUAUUCGUGCGAACAUUGCUCAAAGGCAUUCAAACAUGCUUCAAAUUUAAAAGUGCAUCUGAGAGUUCACACGGGCGAGAAGCCGUAUCCAUGUGCACGUUGCUCAAAGGCGUUUUCCACCGCUUCACAUUUAAAGGCUCAUCUGAGAAUCCAUACCGGCGAGAAACCAUAUUCCUGUGAUCAUUGCUCAAAGGCGUUUUCUGCUGCUUCUAGUUUAAAGAUUCAUCUGACAACCCAUGCUGGAGAGAAACCUUUUCCCUGUGAACAUUGUUCAAAAACAUUUUCCACAUCGUCAAAUUUAACGAAACAUCUGAAAACCCAUUCCGUCGAGAAACCGUUUUUCUGUGAACCGGUGGAGAAGCAUUAAAGCAUUAUACAGGGCGUCCAGCAAAGGACUCCCUGGUUUCAAAAUUAAAUAUCUCGAAGUCAAAGGACGAUAUUGGAA